UCAUUCAGACAUAAUCUCAAUCCUCUGCAUAUUCUUUUAUUCAUAAAUCUGUGUCUGAGUUGCUUUGUCUUGACGGAUAGGUAGUUCUGGUAUUUGAGACGCUGCUAAGGUUUUAUGUUAGAAUGAUGAGAAUAAUGGGGUUGAGAGCAGUUUUUGUUUGGUGCGUAUGGUUAGGGUUGAUAGAGCUUUCAGUAGGAGGAAGGGUGAGGCACUACAAGUUUGAUGUGGAGUACAUCAUCAAAAAACCAGAUUGCUUAGAACACGUUGUGAUGGGAAUCAACGGCCAGUUUCCAGGGCCAACCAUUAGGGCUGAAGUUGGUGACACUCUUAACAUUGNUCUCACCAACAAGCUCUUCACUGAGGGAACUGUUAUUCACUGGCAUGGAAUCAGACAGGUUGGAACUCCCUGGGCAGAUGGAACUGCUGCAAUUUCACAGUGUGCUAUAAAUCCAGGAGAAACUUUUAACUACAGGUUUAUAGUUGACAAGCCUGGAACAUACUUUUAUCAUGGACACCAUGGUAUGCAAAGAGCAGCAGGUUUGUAUGGUUCACUGAUAGUGGAUUUGCCAAAAGGGCAAAACGAAUCGUUUCAUUAUGAUGGUGAGUUCAACCUUCUUCUAAGUGAUUUGUGGCACAUCAGCUCACAUGAACAAGAAGUUGGACUCUCCUCAAAACCAUUAAAAUGGAUUGGUGAACCUCAGACUCUGUUGAUAAAUGGAAGGGGACAAUUCAAUUGUUCUCUGGAAGCUAAAUUCAGAAACACCACUCUACCAGAGUGCCAAUUUAAAGGUGGUGAAGAAUGUGCCCCUCAAAUUCUUCAUGUGGAGCCAAACAAGACCUACAGAAUUAGGGUUGCCAGUACCACUUCCCUAGCUGCACUCAACUUAGCCAUUUCGGAUCACAAACUUGUUGUGGUGGAAGCUGAUGGAAACUAUGUAACACCAUUUGUGGUUGAUGACAUGGAUAUUUACUCAGGUGAGACCUAUUCGGUUCUCCUUCGUACAGAUCAAGAUCCAAACAAAAACUAUUGGCUUUCAAUUGGAGUCAGAGGAAGAAAACCUAACACCACACAAGGCUUAACCAUUCUAAACUACAAGACAAUUUCUGCUUCAGUUUUGCCAACUUCUCCUCCACCCAUCACACCCCUUUGGAAUGAUUUUGAACGUAGCAAAGCAUUCACUAAGAAAAUCAUAGCCAAGAUGGGAACUCCACAACCUCCAAAACGUUCUGAUCGUACAAUUUUCCUUCUCAACACC